AUGAAUCAUCGUCAAGUAGCUAGUAUAGAAGAAGACGAAGAAGAACUCAAUGAAGAAGAAGAAUGUAAUAUAUUAUCAAAUUUUUGGCCGAAUGUGAAUGAUGCAAAAUUGGACAAUAAUGCAUUGGAUGAAAUAUUAGAAGAAUUGCAUCGUAUAGGAGAUAAAGCAAUUCGUAAUUUAAGAUCAGCAGAAUUUGCCCAGGAUUUUGCAAAUGUAGAAAAUUUAAAGAGAAUAACAAGGAUACAACUUUAUCAGGACCUGACAAUAGGCCACAUGGUUAAAAAUUUGCCGCCAGAUCAAUUAAAUAAAUUAAAUAAUGGCACUGAACGUUAUCGUUAUCGUAAAAGAAAUAUUCAGAUCGGCGUGCCCUGUUCUUUAAAUGCAUUUUUUUAUACUUAUAAUAAUGCACAAGAACUAAUUGAUUCAACAUCAGCAGAACAAUUUGGUCAUAAAACAUUUCCACAAUUAUUUAAUGACACUCAAAAUAAUACAACAAUACCACAUUUUGAAAUUACUGAUCCAUUACCAAAUCCUUGGUUACGUGGUGCUCGUGUUAAUAAAGCAGCUGCAGAUCCUGCUCAAAGACAACAACAACCUAUUAGUUCGAGAAAUGCUAAACAACAACAACAAUCAUCUGUUUUACGAAAUACUGAACAGCAAAAACCAUCAUCUUUUUCAAGAAAUAUUGAAGAACAAGAAGCUUCUAUUUGGACAAAUACUGAACAACAACAAAGCCAAGCAGUUGCAAAAGUUCCAGCUAAUACUGGGUUUCGACAAUUACAUGCGGCACAGAAUCCAUUUCACGCAUCACAACAACAACAUCUUCAACAUCAAACUUCUCAAACGUUAACAUCAGUUAAUACAAAUAAUGUAGAACAACACCAUGAUAAUGACAAUUGUGAUGAUGCUGAUAGUAGUAAUAAUGAUUCUGAGGGUCAAGAGUGA